CUUUCAGGGUAGAGACCAGCGGCUCCUCUGACCGGAGGGACAGUAUUGGCGUUUGUGUGGAAAAGCUGGGUGGAUUGGAUUCUUUGCAGCGGGAUGGGGCUGUGUGUAUCGGCUCUAGUGGUUCUGUCUAUGUGAAUGGGAAGGAGAUGACUAAUCAGCUGCCGCCCGUCUCCCCAGGCUCCUCCAUCACCUUUGACAUGGAGCUGAUCAGUCUGGGAGUCACCAGUGAGGGGCCACAGCUCCGGCGCAGAGUGACCAUCGGCUGCGGGAACAGGGAGGUGGUCUUUGAUUGGCAGCUGGAGCAGUCACCUGACUCACUCUACUUUGGAUGCUCGUUUUUCCAUUCCGGCUGGAAGGUUUUGGUGUUUUAGUUUUCAG